CGUGGGGGCGUCUGGAUCGAGGACUGGGAUGAAGCAGUCCUUAAUAACGGACAGUGAGACCAUCGUUACGAAGAACAAGGAGACACAGCGGAUAGUCGACGAUUGGAUGACUGCCCACUGCAUCCCCUUCAACAUGAUGAAGAGUGAGGAGUGGGACAACAUGGUCAAGGCGUUGAUGAAUGCGCACGAGUCCUUCAAGUAUGCGAAAUACGAGAAGGCGAGGACUACUCGUGUGGAGGUCACGAAGGGGAGGGUUGCAGUAAGGGUGGAGGAACUACAGCGGCAGUGGCCUGUCACCGGUUGCUUGCUGCAACUAGACGGUUGGACUGAUCGCAGAGCAAGGCCUCACAUCAAUGUGAUGGUGUCCUUCCCGAAAGGUGCGAUCUUUUGGCGUAGUGUGUGCAUGAGCAAUCGGAGCAAGGGGGCGGUUGCGUAUCGUGAAAUAUUGAAAAGGGCGAUCGAGGAGGUCGAGGAGGAUGCUGUUGUAGGGGUGGUCAUGGACAAUGCCGCAGUGGAAAUUGUGGCGAAACCGGGCGCAACCCGGUUCGCCACAAAUUUUAUCGUGCUGAACAGUCUGCAACGCCUCUACCUGCCUAUUCGAUCUUGCUUGAUCGAUGAGGCGUGGAAGGAGGGUAUCGUCAACCCUAUACAGCGGCAUUUGUUCCACGCAGCCAACGAGAUUGUCCUCGACGACAUAUUUUGGGUUGGUGUGCAGAAGCUGUUGGAGACCUCGAAGGGUCUGCUGAGCCUUUUGAAGUUCGUGGACGGGGAUGGCCCCACGAUCAGCAAAAUAUAUGGCCGCAUGGAUACUUCGGUGGAGAAUUUGAGAGAGAGCAAGACCUUCACGGAGGUGGAGAAGGAGGAGCUGGAGACCAUCAUCAUGCGACGAUGGAAUGUCAUGACAUCUCCGCUGCAUUGCGCAACAAUGUUUUUGGAUCCUGAGUACAAAGCCACCAAGACGGAGCAAGAUCUUGAGGUUGCAAACGGGUUUUGGACGUGGGUGUACGCUUGGUGCAAGCCAGUGAUGUACAAGGAGGUGGAUGCCGAGGUGAAUAAUUGGAUCGAUGGCGUCGGCAAGUUCAGGUCGGAGACGGCGACACAAGAAGCACGCGGGAUGCAACCUGCACGGUGGUGGAGGAAAUGGUGCAGCAAGCUGCCCCACCUCCAAAAGCAAGCAAUCCGGUUGCUUGGCCAGGGCUCCUCCUCCUCCAGUUGUGAACGGAAUUGGAGCCUUUUCGAGCGCAUCCACUCCCGUCCGCGAAACAGGCUCGAAACGGUGAAGCGGAGCACCUUGGUGUACAACAGAUGGAAUCAACAUCUGUUGAAGAAGUUGACGAAGAAGCCGAAGAUGGGAGAGGAUGAACUUUUGUGGGAGGAGGAUUUGGACCUCGAGAAGAAGGAGGUCCAAGCGCAUGCGAAUAUGCGUGUGGAGGAGUGGCGGUGCCAUUUACGGGAGGAGAAUAGGAGAAGGGAAUGCGAUGAUGAGUCGGAGGAGGACGACAGAAUGGAGGAGGAGGAUGACGAUGUCGCAGAUGCGGUCGAGGCAGAGGAGAAUAAUGGAGAAGAAGGACAAAUGGUACGCACACGGAUCCAGGGCAGUCUCCUUGAGCUUGAGCGUGAGCUCAACGAUUCUUGGCGAAAAUCAACGAAGCCGUCCAAGUAUUUGGCUCGCCUUCAUUUGGGGGAGAUGCAGGAGGCUGCGAAGACCAUGAGUGAGGCACACGCUGAAAAAAUUUUGGCUGCCCGGCCGAAGGCAUCAUCAUUGGCACCAAAAUCGGCCAAGCGUAAACCGGGGAGGCCACGAAAGGUUGUGGAGGAGGGGGCUCUAAUCGAGGAUGGUGGUGGUGCCAUUGAGAAUGGUGCGGAGGACGAAUCUUGUGAGUCCCAAGAGCAGCCCGCCAGUGCCGCACCCAAACCGGCGAAACGCAGGCUGGGGAGACCACGGAAGGUCGCGGAGGAGGAGACUACUGCAAGGGAGGAAACUGUUGCAAUGGAGGAUAGCGAGAAUGAUGCGGAGGGCGAGAAGGGGGACGCCUUUGAUUCUGAAGAAGAGCCGCUUGCAUGCAAGAAACGCAAACAAUCGGAGUCAACAGACUGAAGCGGGAUACUUGGCGGUUGGAGCGGGUGUGGAAUUGGACCUUGGGGGCUGGAGCGGGUGUGGAACUUUGUUGUGUGUGUGUUUGUGUCAUGUGUCCCGGUUCAAGAUUCCAAGUUCCAAACUUUGAGGUUCAAAGAACUCUUAACGUUUCCAAUAUGAUCAUUGAUCAUUGAUUAAUGAAUAAAAUGUUGAAGU